AGAGAGAGAGAGAGAGAGAGAGAGGAGGAGGAGGAGUCGGCCCCGGUUCAAACAGAUACACCGGUCUGAGAGGAAAGAAGAAGGGAGCACCGGACACCGCGCGCGAGAGAGAGUGAGGGAGAGAGCGGGAGACUGACUGGCGUUACCGAAAGUAGACGAACCGAAACGUCGACAUGAGCGGUCAGUUUGAGGAAGAUAUCCACGACCGGGCAGAGAGGAAGAGCAGUAAAUCCCCGACGCUGCUCUCCUCUUACUGCAUAGACAGCAUUCUGGGCCGCCGGAGUCCCUGUAAGGUCAGACUGAUAGGGGCGCAAAGUUUGACAGGUCUGCCCGGCAGAGGGGAGCUCGACAAGACGGCUGACAGGCCAACGAAAGACCCCCUUUCUCUCAGCGCUGACAUGCACCUGCCACCCAAGCUCCGCCGGCUGUACGGACCCGGGGGGAAAUACAUCCACGACCACGCGGAGACGCUGGACAGGGAGCGGCUCCUCCUGGAGCAAGCAAGCGACAGCCUGAAAAUCAGCCAGGCGCCGCAGGUGAGCAUCAGCCGCAGCAAAUCCUACCGGGAGAACGCGUCACUGAGCCGGGGAGAGGGCGACCAGAGCCCCGGGGAGGGCUCGGAGGACGGCAGCCUGGGACUGGUAGAGCUCGGCCCGUUGAAGUUCGAGGAGGACGCGGGGAAGGAGGAGAGCUGCGGGGACGCGGCCGCUCUGUCCCCGAAGGACGAGGAGAGGGAGAGCUUGAACGCCGGGGAUGGGGACGUGAGGGACGGGGAGGACAGCGUGUGUCUGUCGGCGGGCAGUGACUCGGAGGAAGGGAUGCUGAAGCGGAAGCAGAGAAGAUACAGGACUACCUUCACAAGUUACCAGCUGGAGGAGCUGGAGAGGGCUUUCCAGAAGACACACUACCCCGACGUCUUCACCAGAGAAGAGCUCGCAAUGCGUCUGGAUCUCACCGAGGCCCGUGUUCAAGUGUGGUUUCAGAACCGCAGGGCCAAGUGGAGGAAGCGUGAAAAGGCCGGGGUGCAGGCCCACCCGUCAGGCCUGCCGUUCCCAGGCCCCCUGGCAGCGGGCCACCCUCUCAGCCACUACCUGGAGGGAGGGCCCUUCCCACAUCACCCCCACCCUGCCCUUGAGUCCGCCUGGACAGCGGCUGCAGCAGCAGCCGCUGCCUUCCCGGGCCUGGCCCCGCCACCCCACAAUGGCUCCGCUCCACCCCUGGCCACCCCACUCGGCCUGGGCACUUUCCUGGGUACGGCUGCCAUGUUUCGCCACCCUGCCUUCAUUGGGCCUACUUUUGGCAGGCUGUUCUCCAGUAUGGGUCCCCUGACCAGUGCUUCCACCGCUGCAGCGCUCCUACGUCAGCCUGCCCCUCCUGUAGAGAACCCUUCUCACACGGGCCCCGUCCUUCCCGACCCUUCCUCUUCUUCCUCCGGCCCCUCUUCCUCAGCAGACCGCAGAGCCUCCAGCAUCGCAGCGCUGCGCCUCAAGGCCAAGGAACACUCGGCUCAGCUUACCCAGCUUAACAUCCUGCCCAACGGAGCCACAGGGAAGGAGGUGUGCUGAACACUCAACACCAGCUCUAGGCCUCCCCGUCCCGGGCUUACGUCCCAUUCCAUGACACCCCCUCCCCGUUCCAAAAAACCCAUUCAUACCUCUGGAGCCUGAUGUCCUGAUGUCCCCUUGUUCAAACAUCCCUGUUACCUCAUGUUUCCCCAACAAAAUAGCACGACCAAAUUCAAAAGAGCACUGGCUAAAAAAAGAUGUGUGUUUGUGUGUGUGUGUCUGGUAAUUACAGAUAUUGUAGCAUUUUUUUACACUCCAUACACACACACACCUUUCUGAGAGACAGUCCAGUAACUUCAAGUUUUUCACUUUCAUAAAAAAAUACAAUAUUUAAACAUAGUUGAAAAACAGGUUUCUGACUAUAGAUUAAAAAUUUUGAGAGUAAAUUACAUCAAUUAUAUAAAUCAAGUACAUUAUCAUAGUUUUUUUAAAGCGCUCAUAAGGCAGUGUGCCACGUGCAUACACAAAAAAUACUAAGUACACCCAGUGCCAGUGGAGGAAUGUAACAAAGUACAUUUACUCAGGUACAAAUUUGAGGUACUUGUACUCCAGUAUUUCCAUUUGAUGCCACUUUAUACUUCUACUAAACUAAAUUUCAGACAGAAAUAUUGUACUUUUUACUCCACUACAUUUAUUUGUCAGUCACAAAUUAGCUAAUUGAAGUUUGUAAAAGAAAAAAUUAAAUUCACCUCAACCAACAAUAACAUGCCAAUUGAAAGCAUCAGUUAUAAGAAUUCAGUAAUAUAAUAAAUAUAUAAUAUUAAUUUUGUAGUAGUACUCACAGGGGCAUUCAGCACUUUUCCUUUUAUACUUUCAGUAACAGUAUAGCCCACUUUUAUGCUAUAAGGAUCUGUCGUUUCAAACACACACACACACACACACACGCACAGAAAGCCGAAGAACCGCAGGGGAACCCCGACUUUUAGAAAGGAUUCUUGUGCUACUUCAAAUGUGGACAACUGGAGUGCUCAACAUUAACACUGCUUAAUCUGUAUGCAUUGAUGUGGGCUGAGCCAGUCUGCGACUAUAAUAAAAGCGAGUUGGAGGAGCCACACCCCCCAAACCCCGAACCAAAGGAAAACUGUCCAUAGACCUUCCAUAGCCUUCUCUGCACGCCUGCCUCCUCUCAUCUGCUCGCCUGCCCACCAGUCACACUCAGCAACACCACUGUAUAUAUCUAUUUUAAAUCUCCGAAUCAAACCGGAGUUAUUUGAGGUUGUUUCCACCUGUGUCAGCGCCACAUUUCUGUACAUUUUGCUGCGACCCCCACACACACACACACACACACACACACACACACACACACUUCCGCUGAGUCUGACUCCAGGACAUGCGAGCAAAGCUGAGAUCCGAGAUGUGUCUCUAAUGACGUGACUGUGUGAAAGAAAACUGUACAUAUUGUGUAAAAAUGGGGGGAGAAAAAAGUACCACAAAAAAGGAUGAUUUUCAAAACAAGGUCGUGUAUAUUUCAGGAGACCCUGUUUUGAUUAUUUGCACUCGGUGUAGUGUUUAAUGAAUGUCGCCCUGUGUAUACUUUCACCUGUGUUUAUGAGUUAUUAGGUUUUUAGAUAAUUAUUUAUGUCAAAACUUUUCCCCCCGAGGAACUGAGUGAAGGAACGUUUUUUUUCUCAAGUGAUUGUAAGUUUCCUGGUUUAAUAAUGCUAAUUUGAAUAAAUUACACUGGUAAAAUGAGUUAGGCUAUCUUUUAUUAUUUCAAAUUCCCUUAGGACUGACAUAGGCCUAAACCAGGAAAAAUAAACAAUGUGAAAUAGAAUAUUAUAGAACUAUUAAUAAAAGGUGUUAUAAAGAAA